UAUUGACUAUCCUGUUCUUCUCUCCUCCCACGUCUCUUGCAAGCCUGGGAAUGAGUAGUUCGUUCGGGUGGACAUACUUAAACCUUUGACCAGUCUUUCUUUAAUUUCGGUCUUGAGCUCGCUCAACCUCGACACUCUUUGAAUCAAUACCGGUUUAGUUCAUUUCAAUAUGCCGACAGUCAAUCCACGCAACGUCGAUUCCAUCGACCUUUCGCACCAUCUCUCGACAGAGGCCCGAGACAGGCUCCCCAAUCCAAUGAAGGAUGUUUGGCGAAUGGUGCAAGGUGCCAACAAACCAGACAUCGCUAACAUGGCCAAUGGUGACCCGCAUCACUCCCUCUAUCCUUUCCGAAAGAUGUCGUUUGAGGUUCCUGCUGUCAACCAAGCAGAUCCUGUAUCUUCAUGGCGAAAUGGGUCAAGCGACACACAGUUUUUCCACUCCUAUAAGGAUCAGCCCAGCGCACUCAGUCUCCGGAAUGCGUUCCAAUACACGCAUGGAGCUGGACUGCCCGAGUGUCAGAAAGCUCUUUCUGACUUGACACAAUUUUUCCAUUCUCCUCCUAACCAUGCCGUAACCUUAACCUUGGGUAACUCGGAUGGUAUCACCAAAGUUUUCCGCAUGCUCGGUGAAAGGGGUGAUCAUUUCCUCACAGACGAAUUUUCGUUCCCUGGUAUGACGAAUGCUCCGCUAUCAUAUGGUAUUAAAUGGCUCGGGAUCAAAAUGGACAAAGGAGGUAUUAUCCCGGGGGAAAUUGAAAGGGUGCUUCAGCAUUGGGACCCGCGACGUGGCAGACGGCCUCAUGUGCUGUACAUCGUACCUGUUGGACAAAACCCAACUGGUACCACAUUGAGCCUGCAGCGUAGAAAGGAGAUCUAUGCGAUAGCCCGUCGGUGGGACUUGAUCAUCAUUGAAGAUGACCCCUAUUAUUUCUUGCAGUAUGAUUUGCCACCUGUAACUGCAUCAGCGGAGAAGGGUGAAUUCAGCGAGAAGUUUGCACAAUCACUAAUCCCCAGUCUCUUGUCUAUGGAUGUUGACGGUCGCGUUCUGCGAAUCGAUAGCUUCAGUAAGAUCUUAGCUCCAGGUAUGCGACUGGGGUGGAUUUCAAGCAACCAUCUAUUCCAUCACAAACUAGUAACUUAUACCGACUCUGGCCCACAACAUCCACAUGCCUUUGGACAAGUUUUCGUCACGGAAAUGCUUGGCAAGAAUGGUUGGCAGAUGGACGGUUUCUGCAGGUGGAUACAAAGUUUACGCGUUGAUUAUCAGCGACGUCGAGACUUCCUACUCGAAGCUUUCCGUCGCGAGGUUGAGCCAACUGGUUAUGCGAGCAUCAAUGUUCCAGAAGCUGGCAUGUUCGUCUGGGUAACAGUAAACUUCGACCGUCAUCCUCGUUACCGCUCGCGCUCAAAUAGAGGGGGUUCGUCCGUUUCCCCCCGGACAAAUACGGAGCUUUUGUUGCAUGAUCUUUUCAAAAAAUUCAUGGACUUUGAUGUGGUUCUGAUGCCUUCAGCUAUUUUUGCCAUGGAAGAAGAUCCGUUAUCUGUCGUAAGCCCUCAUCAUAUUCCCAUACGUGAUCGUAUCAAUUCCUUCCGUGGAACAUUCGCUGGGACAGAAGAAACCAUCGAAAAAGGCAUGAUCCGCUUAGGUCGUGCAUUACGAGAGUUCUUCGAAGAGGCUGCAGACACAUCGCACUUGGAGCAUAAAAUCAUGGCCCAUCUAUGAGCUCGUCUUGCGUCUUUUUCUUACGUUACCCUCGCUAUCAAGAUAUUCCUCAGAUCAAAGCUCAGCCUGUGGCUAGCGCGGUCGAACAAUCAUGCAAUGUCGAUGCGCUGGCCAUAAAAUAUUCCUUUAUUUACAAAUACUCACAAUCUUUACCUUAAAAUAUCUUACAAUUCAAUUCAGUUUCUCGCAUCGUUGAUGUGAUGUAGAAUUCUAG